AUGCGCAGGUUUUCAACUGCUUUCAAAAAGAAGGAGGACACAAAGUCAAAGACUAACGGCCAAAGCAAUGGGAAGGUUAAUGAGAAGCGGCAAUCCAAGCCAAUCCCUACUUAUACCCCGCCGGAGCCAGAAGAUCACAGCAAGGCUCGCAAUGAAGUGACUGCGAUCUUUGAAAAAUACGCCCAAGUAAUUCAUGCAUCUCGGCGCCCAUUGCCAACUCAAAGCGGCGACGGCACCUACUUGGAGCACGGCCAUGACCACUCAACGAGCCUGUUCCAAGACCUACGGUCAUUGGGUUUCAAGGACUACGGCACGUUGAUGGAUGUCAUCAAAAACAAGGCUUCCAGCGAGUAUACAGAUGACAAGACCAUGUUGAUGGAACGGAUCAUCCAGCUCGUCAGCGGUCUUCCGUCCAAUUCCAAGAGCCGGACCGAGCUUACAAAUGCCUUCCUUGAUGAGCUUUGGGAAUCUCUUCCACACCCACCUCUCUCAUUCGUUGGACCAAAGUUUGAGUAUCGAUCCGCCGACGGGUCAUGGAACAACCCGACUAUCCCAUGGCUGGGCGCUGCCAACACUGAAUAUGCUCGUUCUAUUGCGCCACUAACAAUCCAGCCAAGCGGACUUCCUGACGCAGGGGUUGUCUUCGACAGUAUCAUGGCCCGCGAAAAGUUCACGCCACACCCUAAUAAGGUUUCAAGUGUAUUUUUUGCCUGGGCCUCGCUUAUCAUUCAUGAUAUUUUCCAGACCGACUACAGAAACCCUCACAUCUCGCAAACUUCAGCGUACCUAGACUUGUCCAUCCUAUAUGGUGAUAACCAAGACGACCAGAAUCAGAUUCGUACAUUCAAGGAUGGCAAGCUUAAGCCUGACAGCUUCUCGGAGCCCCGUCUCCAAGCGUUCCCAGCCAUGUGCAACGUUCUCAUGGUAAUGUUGAACAGAUUCCACAACAACGUAGUUGAGCAACUGGCCUUGGUGAAUGAGAAUGGUAGAUUUAACAAGCCUCGUCCGGGUCUAUCACCCGAGCAGACUGAGUUGGCUUGGAAGAAAUAUGACGAGGAUCUGUUCCAGACUGGACGACUUACUAACCAAAGAAGUAUUACUUGUGGCUUGUAUAUCAACAUCACGCUCUAUGACUACCUGCGUACAAUUGUCAACCUGAACAGAACUAAUAGUACAUGGUGCUUGGACCCUCGUGCUAGAAUGCAGGGCACCCAUGUGACGCCUUCGGGCCUUGGAAACCAGUGCUCAGUCGAGUUCAACCUCGCUUACCGUUGGCACUCGGCUACGAGUUACAAUGAUGAAAAGUGGACGGAGGAUGUUUACAAGGAGAUAUUUGGCAAGCCGGCGGAGGAAGUCUCCAUGGUGGAGCUUCUUAUGGGUCUUCAUAAAUACGAACAGUCAAUUGACAAGGACCCGUCGAAACGUACUUUCGCUGGGCUUGAGCGUCAGGCCGAUGGCAAAUUCAAGGACGAUGAUCUUGUCAAGAUUAUGACCAAUGCGGUCGAGGAUGUUGCUGGAUCAUUCGGAGCCCGCAAUGUUCCAAAGGUUAUGCGGUCCAUUGAGAUUCUCGGUAUCGAGCAGGCUCGUAAAUGGAACAUUGGUUCUCUCAAUGAGUUCCGCAAGUUCUUCGAUCUUAAGCCAUAUGAGACAUUUGAAGAGAUCAAUUCAGAUCCGUAUGUCGCAGACCAGCUACGCCACCUUUACGAGCACCCUGACUACGUCGAACUGUAUCCAGGUAUCGUUGCUGAGGAAGCCAAGGCACCAAUGGCCCCCGGUGUCGGUAUCGCUCCUACUUACACAAUUUCCCGUGCUGUGCUCUCGGAUGCUGUGGCUCUUGUUCGUGGUGAUCGCUUCUACACGACCGAUCAAACUCCUCGAAACCUGACCAACUGGGGCUGGCAAGAGAGUGGUCAUGAUCUCAACAUCAAUCAAGGAUGCGUCUUCUACAAGCUUGCAUUCCGUGCAUUCCCUGAUCAUUUCAAGUCCGACUCCAUCUAUGCCCACUAUCCGAUGACAAUCCCAGAAGAAAACAAGGUCAUUAUGAAAGACCUUGGACGCUUAGCGGACUACAGCUGGGACAGGCCAACAUUCAACGCUCCUCGUGUUGAACUGAAAACCUAUCAAGCAGCAAAGAGUGUGCUGGAGGAUUCCCGCAACUUCCGCGUCACUUGGGGCGAUGCAAGUGCCUGGGUAUUUGGCGAGAAGACUGGCUUUGAUUACAUGCUGUCGGGUGACACACCUUUCCACAGCCAGCAGCGGGAGCUCCUCGAGGGGGCCCUUUAUCAGGAUGGAUGGCAAUCCCGUCUCAAGGAAUUUUUCGAGGAGAUUACGCUCCAAUUACUUCACGACAAGUCUUAUACUCUUGCGGGUAAUAGACAGGUUGACAUCACUCGGGACGUUGGAAACCUCGCCGCCGUGCACUUUGCUGCGCACGUCUUCGGACUCCCCUUGAAAACAAAGGGCAAUCCCCGAGGAAUCUUUACGGAGCAUGAGUUGUACAUGAGCAAUGCUGUGAUUUUCCAGGCUAUCUUCUUCGACUACGAUUUGAUGCGCUCUUACCCUCUUCGACAAGCUGCCCGUGCUGUGGCUAAGAAACUUGGUGAUAUCGUGGAAAUCAACGUCAAGUCUCUGGGUUCUAAUGGCAUUAUUUCUCAUUUCAUCGAUGGCUUGCGCAAGCAAGACAAUCCUUUGUCGGAGUAUGGCAGCAACAUGGUGAAGAAAUUGCUUGCCCACGGGCUCACUCCCCAUGAAGUCACUUGGACUCAAAUCCUCCCUGCUGUCGUCUCCAUGGUGCCCAAAUUAGGUCAAGUUUUUACACAAGUCCUCGACUUCUACAUUUCCGCUGAGGGCAAGGUUCACCUGCCAGAGAUAAACCGCUUGGCCAAGUUGAACACUCCGGAGUCUGAUGAAACGCUCUCCCGCUACGUCCUGGAGGCAAUUCGUCUCAACGGAACCUACGGCGCGUACCGUGAAGCUCAGCGAGACGUUACGGUCAAUGAUGGCGGCGAUGAGGUCCGCGUCCACAAGGGAUCUAAGGUCUUUGUUAGUUUCGUCAGCGCCUCUCGCGACCCUGCCGUUUUCCCCGAGCCGGAGAAGGUUCUCCUCGACCGUCCCCUUGACUCAUAUGUCCACUUUGGUAUUGGCCCACACUCUUGCCUCGGCCAGGAUGCCAGCCGUAUUGCUUUGACUUCGAUGCUUCGCGUCGUUGGCGCUCUGGACAACCUGCGCCCCGCGCGUGGCGCCCAGGGUGUGUUGAAGAAGAUUCCACGUGCUGGUGGCUACUAUAUGUACAUGAGAGAGGAUGGUGGUAGCUACACUCCAUUCCCAGCCACUUUCAAAGUUGAGUAUGACAGCGAGCUGCCUGCAUUGAAGGGCCGUGGUACUUGGUAA